UUGGAAGACAACAGCAUAGCGAGUAUAGACGAGGACGACCUACAGACGACUGCAAACGUCCAAGAGUUGUACUUCGCGAGGAACAAAAUCUCCAGAAUCUCCUGCUUCGCAUUUCGCAAUUUGGACAGUUUGCAGAUUUUAGACCUAGGCUGGAAUAACCUCAGUUCGGUGCCGUCUGCUGCACUGGCCAGGGUUCCCUCACUGAGAAUUUUAACUCUCAAGAACAACCUAAUCAGGUUUGUU